GUGUGUCCCGGCGGUUGCCUAGCAACCGGCCAGGCGAGGCGGCCGCGCGGGCAUGGAGACGCCCGGCGGGACCGUGAGCGCCGCGGUCCGGGAGCACCUGAGGCAGUUGUGUCUUCGCGAGUUCCCGUGCGGCACCGGCAGCUGGAAUAAGUCACGUUUUCUUCCUCGAACUUGGCGAACAUGGAGGGAGCUGAUCCCCAGAGACGAGGAGGCCGUGAGCCCCGGGGAGGAGCCGGUGGAGGCCCUGUUGGGCCUGGUCCGCAGCCCCCACUCCCCCUGGGCUCUGCUGGAGGGCUCCAGUGCAGAGGACCGUUUUCUGAGAGAACUGGCCAUCCAGAAUCCCCUGAUGCUCAAGGACACCUUCUUCUACUCCUACUUCAGGUCCCUACGAGUGGUGGACAAGCAGGUGAGCCUGGUGGAUAAAGACCUCCUGAAAUUUCUAAAUCUUGAAGAGUUGGUACUGAGUGCUAAUCAAAUCCAGGAGAUCGAUGCUGUCAACCUGCCCCCAACUCUCAAGGUGCUGGAGCUCUAUGGCAACGAGAUCUGCAGCAUGGAGUGUCUGUGCGCUGCCCCGCCCCCGCGACUCCAGCACUUGGGGUUGGGUCACAACAAGCUUCUGGGCCCCCUGGAAAGUCUCUAUGUCACCUGCAACCACUGGCCCAACCUCGUCUCUCUGGACCUGAGCUUCAACGACCUGACGGACCUGCAGGGCAUGAUGGCCAGCCUCAGCACCCUCCGCCGCCUGAGGCUACUGGUGCUGCAGGGGAACCCGCUGGCCCUGCUGCCCUACUACCGAGGCUUCACCAUCGACAGCCUGUCCCAGCUCUGCGUGCUGGACGACAUCACCGUGUCUCCCAGCGAGAAGCAUCAGUUCCGGGGGCUCGGCCGCAGUGGGGACCUCUUGGCACGUCAGGCACAGCUCGUGGUGACCAUUGGAAAUGUCAAGGGGGUUCAGGACACCUCUGUCUUAGACCCGGAACCAGGGCCCCAAGGCCCUUUUAUCACUUACAGCUAUUAUGUGACCUACGAUUUUGUAGAAGAGGAAGAAGGAGAAGGAAGUGAAUAUGGUGGUGUCCUGGCGGAGAUCGUCAUGCCCUCGUCCAGCGCCGAACAGCUGGCCGAGGACAUUCCGGAGGACGUUCCCGAAGAGGUCUUCGAAGAGCACGAGGACUCUGCGGAGUCCGAGCUGUCCGCCCAGUCGGGAGAGCGCGAGGAUUCGCUCGUGUCGGGCGGGUCGGCGCCCUUGCCCGGGGUGGCCGACUCCGCGGAAGAGCUGGCCAAGCUGCGGCCGCGAAGAGACCCCCGGCUCUGCCCCUCCCCAGGGACCGUUCUCUUCAGCACUGUCCGCAAGCCCUGGACUGAUGUCAUCCCCUGCAGCUACGAGAUGCAGCACACACUCAAGGACCUGGUGCCACUCAAGGCUUUCCUGCUGGCGGGAACCACCGUGACCAUCGUGGAGGAGAAGAUUCUCUCUUGGCCUGCGGUGCUGCCUCCUGUUGACGUCCCGUUGCCUGCCAAGAAAGGAAAAGGGGAGACGGACAAGAAGGGGAAGAAGGAGAAAGACAAGAAGGGAAAAGACGGGAAGGACACGGCAGGGAAAAGGGAGAAAGAGGUGGCAAAGGAACAGAAGGGAUCCAAGAAGAAAGAGCUUCCUAAGGAGCUCCGCCAGGACCCGCCCAUCCUGCGGGUGCUGGGCAGUGGCUUGGUGGUCCUGGAGCCCCUGCUGGCAGGGGAGCCACUUGUGUCCGAAGUGUGCAACUUUGGGGUGAUCCGCACUUUGGAAACGGACAGGCUGACGUCCCUCAGGGAUUCAAAGAACAAGAACAAGAGAGCUAAAAAAGAAAAGACCAAACCUGCGGCUGCAGUGUACAACGGCGACUACCAGCCCCAGCCCUUGACGGUGGAGGUGCAGAUCCAGCUGAACCAGUGCCGCACGGCCGAGGAGGCGCUCCGGGAGUUCGCCCUGUAGGGCGCGGGAUUAAAGGCUGUUCUGACCACCGCAGCUCCGCGUCCGUGUGGCCGCCGCGCCCGGGAGCGGGGGGUGGGCCGGGGCGGCGGGGCGGCCUCCGCGUCCGCAGGUGUGCGGCGGGAGCGCGGAGCCCGGAGGG